AUGGAGCACUACCCAGAUCAGGGUUGGGAUGGCAUUGAGCUUCUCGAUUGGCUGUUUGAUCAAAAUGAUGGGAUUCUCCGUCAUGAGGAAACAGGACGCCAUGGCAACCAUCACACCUGGCCAGUCCAGGACCCAAAUAUGCUGCAGCCCACCGAACAGGCAGACAAUGACUUCAUCCACGCCCUCCUGAGUGGAAGAGAUUCUGAGUCAGGCUCGCCUCUCUGGUCCCCUUCUCCCAGUGACAGUGGGAUCAGUGAAGACCCUCCCUCAGAUCAGAUGGACAGCCCUCAGCGCCCCGAGAGCCCCCCCGGGGACGCUCAGUAUUUCAGCAAGAGACCACAAACCAAGGCAGACCUUGAAGCCAAUGUCUCCACUGACUUCAAUGUCUGGGAGCCCGGAUUACCAACGGGCGGGAUGAAGAUUACACAAUUUCCUUCUGAUGUACAUAGGCCCCAGCUGUCAUCCGGCUUCCCGCUAACAGUUAAGGAUCUGCUUCUGUCUGGCCCUCCAGAGCCCGCCCCACACCCAUCCCAACAGUCCAUUCAAGAGUUGAUUCUCAAUGAAGAUGAGAAGAAACUUUUGGCAAAGGAAGGGGUGAAUCUGCCCAGCCAGCUACCUCUUACAAAGUUCGAAGAAAGGAUUCUGAAGAAAAUACGCAGAAAGAUUCGCAAUAAGCAGUCUGCUCAGGAAAGCAGGAAGAAGAAGAAGGAGUAUAUUGAUGGGCUGGAGAGCAGGAUGGCUGCCUGCAAUGCACAAAACCACGAACUGCAGAGGAAGGUGUCCCAGCUGCAGAAAUGCAACAUGUCACUAAUGGAACAGUUGCGCAGACUGCAGGCUAUGGUCAUGAAUACAUCUAACAAGCCAGCCCAGACUGGGACAUGUGUACUGGUGCUUCUGCUGUCCUUCUCACUAAUCCUGUUCCCCAACCUCAAGCCCUUCUCUGAUACCCAGGUCAGCCAAGGAGACUUCAGUCCUGUCAGAGUCCAGUCACGGUCCCUGCAGAACCUACAGGCUUCCCGUGUGCUUCAUGUCACUGAAUCCCCAUUCUCUGCUGAGGACGUAUCAGAGCCUGAGCACUGGCAAUCCCCAGGAGACCGGGGAAUUGAAGACAUUACUGCCAUGAUGGAAAAGCUUGGAGUGAACCAAGGGUCUCUAAACAGCAGUCAGGAAGAAAGAAUGGGUCAUUUCCAUGUAGACCCAAUCACUGGUCACAUCGCUACUCUGACCUUGGAUCCCCACCGUUCUGCCAGGCUGCGACCACAUGCUGAUGACAUGUAA